GGCUCGUGUCACUCCUGCAUUGUCCUUUCAGCAGCACGAGCACACUUCAGAACUUUCAAUUGGACAGCGCAGAAACCCGCUCCAGAUCCUUACAGCUUGCACCCCAAGAGCUCUGUGUGAAUCAUGGAUGAGGACAUUGACUUUGAGCAUCGCAGAGAGUUACGGAGACAAAAGCGAGAAGAGAUGCAGUGGGAGGCAGAGAAGAUGAACUCUCCCGAUGAUGAUGAGGAAGCGGCCCGGGAGCGCCGGAGACGAGCCCGUCAGGAACGCCUGCGCAAUAUGGAGAAUGAGGAGUCGAAUAACACUACAAUGGAAACUAACAGUACAGAGACGUCCUCCUUGAUCACUAGUUUUGCACCAACUGAGGAUGAUGAACAGGCUCUCUUAGAGAGGAUUGCCAAAAGAGAAGAGCGGAGACAGAAAAGGAUGAAGGAAGCUUUGGAGAGACAGAAGGAACUUGAUCCCACCAUCACGGAUGAAACUGUAACCACCACCACCACAGACGACGAGCCAAGUGGUAGAAAUGGUGAACAAGAGUCCUCCCAAAAUGAUGUUCAGUCUUCAGAAACCAACUCUUGGAAGGAAAGGGAAGAGAAAAACGAGGAAGAAAAGAUAGAGGAAAGCAGCGUUGAAGUGGAAGAGGCAAUCACAAAAAAGGAAGACCCAGUGCCAGUCACAGCAGCCGAGGAACCCAAAGAAUCUUCUGAGAAGACUGAGGAACCAGAAGAGGAAGAUGGAUCACAGAGGUCCUACCUCAGAGAACAGAAUUCCACAGAGGAGAAACCAAAAGAAGCAGCUGCACUGAAUGAGGUUGUAGAGGAAAAACCAAAACCUUCCUUUUUACGUGACAAAUUGAACGUGUCGACAAAGCCACAAGAUGUAGCUGACAGCAACGCCAAAGCCAAGAAACCAGAGAAGACACUAAGUCCCACCGGCUUGCGUUCUCCUGACACAGAAAAGCAUGAUCCUAUUGCUAAGCUGGAGGCAGAACGCAAGCUCCAAGAGCUGAAGCGCAGGCGGAAUGAGACAGACAGCGAGGUGCUGGAGAAGAUGAAGCAGAAGCAGCAAACUGCCGAGGCCGAGCUCGAGGAGCUGAAGAAGAAGAGGGAGGAAAGGAGAAAGAUUCUGGAGGAGGAAGAGAAGCAGAAGAAACAGCAGCUGGCAGAAAAGAAAGCCAAAGAGGAGGAAGAGAGGAAGAAGAUGAAGGAAGAGAUUGAGCGAAGGAGAGCAGAGGCAGCCGAGAAAAAAAAACAAAAGGAGGAGUCGAAAGAAGGGAGCAAAGCACCAUUCAUCGCUCCGAAGGGUGCCUCCGCAAAGAUUGGAGAGAAGGCUGAAUUUCUCAACAAAUCUGCUCUAAAAAGUCCGGUUAAGACGUCACACACUCCAUUAGUUUGCAAGAUUGGAAACAGACUAGAGCAAUACACUUCUGCUGUUCAGACCAAAGAAGUGACCAAAUCACCCAAAUCUUCUGUGGAUGUACCUGUGGCGGAAAGUCUGCGGAGCAUCAAGAGCAUGUGGGAGAAGGGGAAUGUGGUCAACCCCAGCCCGAGUCCAGCCAGCCCCCCACCGAUCACCAAGGAAACAGCUGGUCUGAACAUAGGUGUGGCUGGUCGCAUUAACAGCUGGAAAACCAAGACUCCAGAGCCCAAGCCUGCUGAACCCAAACCAGCUCCUGAACCAGAAAAACCGCCUGCUAAAACAGAGCAAAAGCCAGCUGAGGUCACUAAAUCUCGUGGCCCAUGGGAAACAAAGGGCUCCACACCUGCCAAGGUGUUCGCAGCCAAGAGUAAAUUUGAAUUUGUCACAAAUGGAACAAGAAAAUAAAGACAUCCAAUGGAACUCAGAUCAGCCCAAGUGGAAGAUGCAUCCAUUAAAUGUGCAUGAUUUUGCAACUUCAGGACACUAAUCUUAUAUUGGAUCAAGCAACAAUUUACAGUACAAAAUAAACAUUUUGUAAGUUUAAGAAAAGCCUUUAAACUAAAACAUUUAAAUGUAUUAAAAUGAUCAUGAAUGCACAAGCCAAAUAAUACAUAUUCAAGUAUUAAAGGGUUAGUUCACCCAAAAAUAAAAAUUCUGUGAUUGAUUACUUACCGUCUUGUUGUUCCAAACCCGUAAAGACUUCGGAACACAAAUUAAUGGAACCUGUAUGCGCAAAAAGAACACAUGCUCAUUUAAUUUGCAAAGGGAGAAAUGCACAUGAAUGAGUUGUGCUAUUGUCGACUGACACAGAAGGGAAGAAAUUGUUGAAUUAAGUCGUUAUUUUUGUUUUCCUUGCACACAAAAAAAGUAUUAUUGAUUUAUUAUUAACCACUGAUGUUAAAUGGACUAUUUUAAUAAUGUCCUUCCUAACUAUCUUUCUGGGCCUUGAACGUGGAGGUUGCGUUGCUGCCUACGCAUGGUCAGAAAGCUCUCGGAUUUCAUCAAAAAUAUCUUAAAUUGUGUUCUGGAGAUGAACGAAGAACUUACGGGUUUGGAACAACAUGAUGGCAAGUAAUCAAUUUUCAUUUUUGGGUGAACUAUCCCUUUAAUAGUUAAACAUAUCAAACAUUAUUAAAAAGUGACAGGUGGAUUUACACCAACAUACUGUAGAAUUUGAUUGGACGCAAGUGUUUAAGUGGAAACUGUUUUCACUUAUCUUUUAAACAUUGAUACACUUAUUUAUUUUGCUCUCAUAACUAUGCAUGAUUAUAUGGUUGAAUUUUAUUAUUUGCAUUUAGCAUUAUUUUGUCCCUACUGUCCGGAACCCUAUAAGAUAAAAAAUUAACCUAAAAACAUUUUUUUAUUGAAUUAUAUAAACAAUUUACUUUUUUAUAACAUCAGAAAAUAAAUGAUAAUAAACAAUUAUAAAACAAUUACAGCUACCAGUAACCAUUAAAACAGUUGCGAUCACAUUAACAAAACUGUCUUUUGUCAAUAAGUGUAAACGUACAGUUCAUGCAGAAGUCACUUUCAAACCAAGUAAAUUUGUGCAACCAAUGUAAACCUGUUGCGAAGUCUGUGUGGGCCUUAAGCAAACUUCCAGAUUGUGUGGAAUCCUAUUGUAAUGGCAGGAUUUUGCUCAUUAAUAUUUGCCAAACAACACUAAAUUUAACUGCAUCUUUCUUUAGACUGCAUCUAUAGUCUUGAUAAUGACAUUAUUAAAAAAUUACAAUUUUAAUUUUAACCUUCCCAUUCACCCUCUGAAGUUUCAUGGUCAUGGAGGUUCAGAUGACCUGUUUCUUUUGCACUCAUGAUGUAAUGCUUUUUAACAUGUUGUGGUUUAGGUGUUUGAUCAUGCUUUGCUAAUACUGCUUUUGCCUUAUGACUUUGCACUUGGACUCUCAAAGUCAUGCUACAUCUUAACAGUCUUACUGGUACAGCAUUAUAAAUCAUUUUGGUAGUAAAAUAGCUCAACUCUUUCAAAAUAUCCAUCAAGUUUGUCCUACCAUAACAGCUCAGACUAUCAGCGACUGUACAACUGUUGUAUUGUCAAUCAAGCUUUCACAGUAAAGUAGUGAUACGUGCA